AUGGAAGUAGCUUCGACAAAUUCAUAUACUACAGUAUUGACUUGUAAAAUUUGUACUAGUAAAAGUGCAAAGUACACCUGUCCGCGAUGCUUCAUAAAUUACUGCUCUUUGGCUUGCUACAGAGAUCGUCGACAUGGUAAAUGUUCGGAAGAAUUUUAUCGCGAGUGUUGUGAAAAUGCCAUCCAAGACCUGGCAGUUGAUGACGAAAAACGGCAGCAAGUCGAACGAAUGUUAUCACAAGAUGGAAAUUCUUACAACUUCGAUGAUGCGAAGUACCAAUCUGAAGGCAGCGGAGAUGAAAGCUCCUCUGAAGAUGAUCCUGGUGAUUUGUCGGAAAGGUUGAAGGCUAUCGAUUUGACUUCAGAGGACAUUGAUACUGAGGAAGUAUGGAAAUUGCUGUCAACCGAAGAGAAACGAGAGUUUCACAGACUGCUGGCAACAGGCAAUAUCUACGCCGUAGUGCCUGCUUGGUCGCCUUGGUGGCAGUUAGCUGCACAGAAGCUCGUCACUUCCUUUCCUGAUGAUUUCAUCGACCCCAGUGAAUCAGAGCAGAUGGGCAUGGACGCACGACCAUUAUCGAAAUUGCUUUCGAUCGAGCCACAUCCCUCUGUCAUCUUUUCACUAGCUGAAACUCUGUUAGGAUUCGUUUUUGUGGCAAGAUAUUUUAAUGGUGACCACCUGUCUGACAUGCACGUGGAUGCCUGCGACCUUUUGCUCAAACUUGUAUCGUACUUUCAACCUCAAGUGACCCAGAAGAACGGCUCGAACAAAACCCGAAUUGUCAAAAGCCUUGCAACAAAAAUGAUUAUUUUCACCAACUUUUUGGAAGUCUUGGGCUCUUUACAGUCGCGUUUGGCCCAAAAUCAUCUAACGUGCUCGCACAAAUUAAUACUCCUGCUGACUGAUGAUCUUCACUGUCUGCUACGAAAGUUUGACACAUUCGUGGAUCGCGCUUUACGUGAGAUUACACAGGCUCUGCUGGCAGUGAAGCCGAAGAACAUAGCAGUUGCGUCGGCUCUUCACAAAGUAAAAUUCCUUCGAGCUUGCGUUGGAAAACGGGACCAGGCCUCUAAUAACUGGUGUCAGAGAUACGUUCCACCACUUCUAGAUGCAGUGGAGACGUCGAUCUGUGAACAAAUGAUACAAAUCGAGGCUGAAAGAAUGCGAGAGGACUUACAUAAUCCAAAAAUAUCGAAGGCUGCUGGUCCAAACUGGCGUAAUAUCCUUCGAGACAAUCACAAGCGCCAACCUCCCUUCAUAGAGGGGAUCAAUCUACACGUACAGGAUACAAAUCUUUAA